AUGGCUUCUUUUGAGGGUAAAGUGCUUGCCAUCACUGGCGCGGCCUCGGGAAUGGGGCUAGCGACAGCAAAGCUCCUAGCUACGCGCGGCGCAAUCAUCUCUCUUGCCGAUAUAAAUGAAAAGGCUCUGGAUAUAGCCAUCCAAUCCCUCUCCAAUAGCGAGAAGCACAUAUCUUCGGUUGUCGAUGUUCGCAACAGCAAAUCCGUGAACGAAUGGAUCCAGUCAACCGUCGAGAAGCUAGGUAAACUGGACGGUGCUGUCAACAUGGCUGGAGUCAUCACACCUGCUGCUUCAGUCGCAGAUGAGACCGAUGAUAAUUGGGAUUUCACUUUUGCUGUGAACACCCGGGGUGUGUUCUUCUGUCUGAGAGCCCAAUUAAAUGCAAUGAAGCCGGGAGGCAGUAUUGUUUCUGCUGCAAGCGUCUUUGGUCAAAUGGGUGCUCCCGGUGUUUCGGCCUAUUGUGCCAGUAAAGCAGCAGUCAUCGGCUUGACAAGGACUGCAGCCAAGGAGAACCAGAAUAUCCGUGUCAACUGUGUCUCUCCAGGCUCCGUCAACACACCACUCUCCGCGAGUGAAGACCCAGAAAAUGUGAAACGCAGUCUGCAGAAGACGGCACAAAAGCGACAGGCACAGCCAGAGGAGAUUGCAACUGUGAUCGCGUUUCUCUUGAGUGAGGAGGCGAGCUUCGUGACUGGCGCUGUUUAUAACGUCGACGGUGGGUGGAUGUGUUAA